CUUCCAGCUCUCGUCCACUCUCACCAAUAUCGACAGCAGCAGCGUUCCACUCGCUUGUUUUUGUUUUCUCGUCUUCCUCCCCUGUCCAUCAACGAGCAACCAUGCCUGCCUACAAGUCGGCGUACACCAAGCGGUUCACCCAGGCCGCCAAGCAAGGCGAGCAGCUUGGCUUCGAGACCAUCGGCGGCAUCCCACUCCUUCCCAUCCAUGCCCGCAACUCCAAGGGCCCCGCUCCCCGCCCCAGCCCAGAUGAGACCACGGACAUCAUCGACGAGACCAUCCGCUUCUUCCGCGCAAACGUCUUCUUCGCAUCCUACAAGAUCGACGCCGCGCCCGACAGGCUGAUGGUGUACCUCACCCUCUUCUGCCACCAGUGCGUCAUGCGCCUGGCCAAGGCAAAGACAAAGGACGAUGCUGCCCGCGAGAUGUACCAGCUCGGCAUCGAGAACUUCACCCUCCCCACAGAUGCUGGCUUCCAGCUUAAGGGCUUCUUUGAGAAGCUCGACCAGAAGUCGUCCCAAGACAAGCUGCGCGCGUAUCUGCAGCAGUGCCGCCAGGAGCUCUCUGCCCGCAUGGCCGAGGUCGUCCUCGACGCGUCCGGCAAGCCAUCAAAGUGGUGGACGUGCUUUGCCAAGCGCAAGUUCCUCGGCAAGGCGCUCGAGGGCCCCGGCUCGCGCUGAACCAUCACAUUCCCAUUUCCAUCCCAUUGUGAUCCCAUCUCGUCCCACACCAUCCCAUCCCGUACGUUCGCCCACAACGUGUCGAGAAGCGUCAGUGCCUCACUCGCCCUCUCUCACAUCGACAUCCAUCUUCCCAUCUCUACGUUCCUUCCUCCCUUCACUUCCUCCUCUCUCUCCCCUUGGUUGAUGUCUUCUUGGGUGUGAUGUGAGUGCUCUCUUUGCGUCGCCGUGUCCUGUGCCUCUUUGUCUCCCUGUUACGCCCUCCAAUCAACCAACAGACGAACCAUCGUGUGAUUGCUCUGACUUGUGUGUGUGUGUGUGUUGCAUGUGCGUGUGUUGUGAAUUGGGUUCAGUUCUGCGUCAAAUCAAAUACAAGAGCCAAUUGUU